UUUACAGACCUCUUAGGAAUGGGGUGAGGUCCACGGUGGACCACUUAAGGUUGAAGCUGUGAGGGUGCCAUCUGGUUGGUGUCAACACUUAGCAAAGAUAGAUUUUUCUCCAUCGAGAUCUAUCUCUAUCCUUGGGUUUCAUGUCUCCCAGCCCCACUCCCUCAAGUCCUGCUGUGCUGCCGCAUGUUGGGUGGAGGGGGGGAAGAAGGAGUAUUCCUGGAAGACGAAGCACAGAACUCGGGGUGGAGGUGUAUGCCAGGCUACAUAUUCCCAGCAGGGUCACCCGGGUCAUCCCAGCUGAUCACUAAAGCAAGCAGGCAUCUACUGUGUGUUGGGUAGCAGCAAUAUAGGAAGAUGCUGGAAACAGAUUAUUACUUUAGUGACAACAGCAAAGGCCGCAAUUUAUACCGCACAGGAAAAGGCAGAGGUUCCUAUAUUAUUACCAAGGCAACUGCACGUAUAGAAAACAGUAAAUGAUUGACAAUAUAAUGGCAGGUGAUGGCCCUCUCAGGUCGGAUAGCAUUCAAUGUGUUCCUGAGGACAAGUUCUUCGUUAAAGCAUUCUUAAGGAUGGUGGUAGGAUUGCAUGUGGGAUGACACAUAAAAUGAAAUAAAAAACAGUUUGUAUUUGUUCAGUCUGACUCUCUUUAUGUAUCAAUAGCAUCAAUACGAAAGUCUGUUAACAUUCACUAGCAAAAAUAUGGAAAACUCCAGAAAAUCUCAAUGGAGCAAUUAUGGGACUUGAAGCCCAAAUUAUGAGAUAGUUACAUGAGAAUCAGUGUGAUGGAGCAGUUCAGGUGCUGAACUAGGAGUGAGGAAAACCUAAUCUUCCCUUAAGCACAGAAGCUGACCAGUGACUAUGAGCCAGUUAUUCUCUCACUCAGCCCUAGACUGGGAAAUUAAAAAUAAAAUAAAAAUUACCAACCCAUAUUGGACCAGUGUGGCAGCCUACGAUCUAUAAUUAUCAGCUUGGAAAUGUCCCUGGCACGGCUUGGAAAAGUGGUUCCCAAAUCAAGCAUCUUGUUCCUGUGUGACAUGCAAGAGAAAUUUCGCCCCAACAUCAGCUACUUUCCUCAGAUUGUAUCUGUGGCAGCUCGGAUGCUGAAGGUUGCUAAAGCUCUUGAAAUCUGCACUGUGGUCACUGAGCAAUACCCCAAAGGUUUGGGUCCAACAGUACCGGAGCUGGGAGCUGAAGAACUUCCCAAAUACACCAAAACAUGCUUCAGCAUGCUUAUCCCAGAGGUGGAAAAGGAGAUGGCAUCUGUUCCCAACUUGAAAUCUGUAAUUCUGUGUGGGAUCGAGACACAGGCUUGCAUCAUGAGUACUGCCUUGGAUGCCAUGGAGCGAGGGCUGGACGUUCACGUCGUGGUGGAUGCUUGUUCUUCUCGCAGCCAGGUGGACAGGAUCAUAGCUCUGUCCAGACUGCGUCAGAGCGGGGCCUUCCUAACCACCAGCGAGGGACUUAUCCUGCAGCUUGUCCAGGAUGCGGCCCACCCACGUUUCCGAGAGAUUCAGAAAUUGAUUAUGGAUCCUGCCCCUGACAGUGGUCUUCUGCCCCUCAUAAAAGUGCCAAAUCCCCUUUUCAGUUAGCCCAGCUGCUUCAAGAUUGAUCUUCUUCUAAAGCACCUUCAGCCCUUUCCUCUGAUGUCCUUGUCCUUCUCAAUGGGAAUGAUUCUUCAAGUUGACUUUAAAGAGGAAAAUGAUGAACUAUAAACCUUAACUGAGAAGCUGCAUCAAAACUGUGAUCUUUCUAUAGUUAUGCAAUGAAAUGGUUGAAAGAAGGCUAGUAAUAUUUUUGACCUGGUCUUUUUUAAUUAAGAAACAUCAAUUCUGCCUCCUUAGCUCAUGAUGUGAAUCUUGACAAUGUGUACAAAUAUAUAUUUAAUUUGCACAUUU